UUUUCUCCAGCAAAAGAAGAUCCACUGAAAUAUUCUUGAGACGACGUCGGGAAAAUCCAUGGAAAAUGUCCUAAAUUGUGCAUUCCGUAAAGUUUUCCGAACGUGAACUUGUUUGCUGACGUGCACCGCACUCGGAAUCAGUGAAUUUGUUGUGUAUUUUUUCGCUGAAAUAUCGAAACAAAUAGUUUUAUAGAAUAUACCGUUCCCACGAAGAAGAAGCUUCUCGGUGCAAGUGCAGGAGGUGGAGGAGGAAGAACCAUUUCACCGUAGAGGCCGAAGUGGGAGUGCGGGUGAAAGUCCUCCUGCUGCAGCAGAGCAGAACUUGCCGGGCUGAGGAAGAGCCGAAGGAAAGAAUCGUGGCUGCUAGCAGAAGUGGACUUCCCUAGUAGGGGUUGUGAUUUUGUUUGCAUAAAUUUACGACUCAGCUUUUUUUCUUGUUCGUUCCCAAUCGAAAGAAGGGUGGAGAUACCAACAAAGAGAAAAAAUGAAAUCGUCGAGCCGUUCGUCGCUUGCCGGCAUCCUGGUGGCUGUUGUGACCAUCUGUGGGAUUGCAGAUGGUUUCUACCUUCCGGGAUUAGCGCCCGUUAAUUACUGCCGGCAGUCGGAGAUGCAGAAAUCGUGCAUGUCCGAUGUGAUCCUGUAUGUAAAUCGACUCAACACCGAGGAAUCGGUUAUCCCUUACGAGUACCACCACUUCGACUUCUGUCCGAUCGAUGAAGCUAACUCGCCGGUGGAAAAUCUAGGCCAGGUGGUAUUCGGCGAACGUAUCCGUCCUGGACCAUACAAAAUCGAGUUCCUGAAACAGUUGACCUGUGAAAAGGCCUGCACCAGAUACUAUGUAGGAGGUGAUCCAGAAAGUGAUCGCCGACUGAUGAUUCUGAAGAAGGGAAUGAGUUUGAACUACCAGCACCAUUGGAUCGUGGACAAUAUGCCGGUUACGUGGUGCUACCCGUUGGAUAACGAUCGUCAGUACUGCAGCACUGGAUUCCCGAUGGGAUGCCUUGUCCGGAGACAUCCGGAUGGAGAUGAGGGCUGCAUGGUGAACCCGAGCUAUAACCGAGCAGGCUACUAUUAUCCCUUCAAUCACGUUGAUCUGACAAUCACGUUCCACAGCGGAGCUACCGAGGAAUGGGGUGUUGCGUUCAAGCAAAACGGUGGCCGAAUCAUCUCCGUUAAAGUUGUCCCAUCGUCCAUCAAUCAUAAGAAUCCCGAUCAACCGGAUUGUUCUAGCAAGGAACCGAUCGAAAUUCCAUCGUCUGCCCUUCCGAAUGGACAAAAGAUGAACAUCACAUACACCUACUCGGUUCAUUUCGUGCAGAACAACACCAUCAAAUGGUCCUCUCGAUGGGAUUACAUCUUGGAAUCGAUGCCGCACACCAACAUCCAAUGGUUCAGCAUCUUAAACUCGCUGGUGAUUGUGCUGUUCCUGUCCGGCAUGGUGGCCAUGAUCAUGCUACGAACACUGCACAAGGACAUCGCCCGCUACAACCAGAUGGACUCGGGUGAGGAUGCUCAGGAAGAGUUCGGCUGGAAGCUGGUUCAUGGUGACGUAUUCCGACCACCACGCAAGGGCAUGCUCCUAUCAGUGCUGCUCGGUUCCGGUGUUCAGGUUUUCUGCAUGUCGCUGGUAACGUUGGCGUUCGCUUGCCUGGGAUUCCUGUCGCCUGCCAAUCGUGGAGCUUUGAUGACCUGCGCCAUGGUGCUGUUUGUGCUGCUUGGAACCCCCGCCGGAUACGUUUCGGCUCGUAUCUACAAGAGCUUCGGUGGAAUCAAGUGGAAGAGCAACGUACUGCUGACGUCCAUGUUGAGUCCUGGAAUCGUCUUCGGGCUCUUCUUCGUAAUGAACCUGAUCUUAUGGAGCAAGGGAAGCUCCGGAGCCGUUCCGUUUUCGACGUUGAUCGCCCUGCUGGCUUUGUGGUUUGGUGUUUCGGUGCCGCUUACCUUCGUUGGUGCCUACUUUGGAUUCCGGAAAAGGUCACUGGAGCACCCGGUACGCACCAACCAGAUUCCGCGCCAGAUCCCGGACCAGUCGAUCUACACCCAACCGAUCCCCGGCAUCAUCAUGGGCGGCGUCCUGCCAUUCGGAUGCAUCUUCAUUCAGCUGUUCUUCAUCCUGAACUCGCUAUGGUCCAGCCAGAUGUACUACAUGUUCGGUUUUCUGUUCCUGGUCUUUUUGAUUCUGGUCAUCACCUGCUCGGAGACGACCAUCCUGCUGUGCUAUUUCCACCUGUGCGCCGAGGACUACCACUGGUGGUGGCGAUCGUUCCUGACAUCGGGCUUCACCGCGGUCUAUCUGUUCAUCUACUGUUGUCACUACUUUGCAACCAAGCUGCAGAUCGAGGACGCCGCGUCCACCUUCCUGUACUUUGGCUACACGCUGAUUAUGGUCUUUCUGUUCUUCUUGCUAACCGGAUCGAUAGGUUUCUUCGCUUGCUUCUGGUUCAUUCGAAAGAUCUACAGCGUAGUGAAGGUGGACUAAAAGAGCCCCCCGCUCGCCCACCAGGCCAGAUUGCAGUCAAUCAGUCGAUCCCUUUCGGAACUACUCCCCCUUCUAAAUAUACUUUAUUCUCUAUUUUUGAGAUAGUUUAAACAUUUGUCUAGACUGUAAGCUUAUUAUUUAAAACUGAUGCAAAUUAUUAGCGACGAAAGGAAAGAAUCAAAAAAGAUUAAAACGAUGCACUUAAAUAUUGAUUUUAUGCAAGGAAAAUUGACAAACUGAGAUGAAAAUCCCCCUGAGUUCUGGUAACAAUGCAAUCCAUUAGUAGACAUAAGGGGUUGAGAGAGAUCCCUGUUAAUUUUCUUCUUAGGACGGGCAAAUCGUGAUAAUUGAUCACUCAUAAGCACCUUCCAAAAGCAGAAACAAAAAUAAACACAAGCAAAAGAGAAAGAAGAGAGUGAUCACAGAAGUUGUAUGCGCAAAAAGAAAAAAACAUAAAACCAAGGAACACAAAGAUUGAUCGGAAGAGAACAUGUGUGUGAUUACUUUUUAGUAGAUUAAUAUCAAAACAGUAAAUGCCUUCUUUUUGUUUAAUUAUUUAACUUGAUUAAGUACAGGAAAGAUUACACGAACAUAAAAGGAAACACUAAUAAACUAUAGCCGUAAAUUAGUAUCUGUUAGGUAUGUAUUAUACUUGUAAUUGGGUGGAUUAACUGAAA